GACUCGUGCCACUGGAGCUCUUCAGACGUCAGCUCGUGCUCACUGGAGGAAGGAGAAUAAUGGUCAUAAAACCUCCAUCCGUGUAUCGAUAAGGAGAUACUGAUAUCCGGUAAUGAAUGGGGAAUUGGGAAGAGUGGGAACCCGCUUUCCACGCAACACCUCCGUUGGUUUCUACCGGGGCUUUACGGCGGAGUACACACCGAGGGCUUGAUAUUAACCCGACCGUGACCGACCUAUUAUUUACCCGACUGACGUUAGUCUCAUAGCCGGUGACUUGAGGGAGAACAAACACGCACGAGGAAAUCCCUGUGAGGUGGUGAGGAAGCAGGGUGGACAGCAACUCCCAGCAUGCCCUGGAUCAUCUGAGUAUCCCAAAGAGGAACUAGUGAAAUUGCCGGAGAAGAGGAACGUCCACCCUGCUGUACAAACACACACAGAUAAUAGAUUUGAUCUGGGAACAGGCAGAACAGGAGGUAUUAACAGGAAGUGUGUGUGUGUGACCUUACAUUGCGAGCAGUCAUGUUCCGAAACAGCCUAAAGAUGUUGCUGGGAGGCAAAAGCCGAAAGAACAAUACUGGUGGCAUAGAGUCAGAGGGGUCAGAGGUCAGGAUGAUGGAGGGAUUCACCCGUUCGCUUCCCUCUUCUCCCCUCCUCAACCUUCGUCUGGCAAAAAGAACUGGUGAGGAUGAGGAGUUAGGACCGCCCCCCACUGUAGACGAGGCGGCUGAUGCUCUGAUGACCAGGCUGGGCUUCCUGUUGGGGGAAAAGACAGUCAGUGGAGAGCCGGGUUCCCCUUACCAUGGCCAGGAUGAUGGACAGAGGAUCUCUCCUUCCUCCAGUCUGGCCAGUAGCAGCACCUCCCCCUGCUCUACACUGCAGCCUCCUGCAGGAGAGGAGGGCAACAAGCAUGCCUCCACUAACCACGCCUCCGUCACCUCCCCCACCUCAACACUGGAGAGCAGAGACAGUGGCAUCAUAGCUACGUUGACCAGCUAUUCUGCUGAAUCAGCAGCAGAGAGAGACGGCAGCGCUAAGUACCCCGGUGAUGGUUACCAUGGCAGCAGCCCGAACCUCUGGCAGCAGGGGGGGCGGCCCGUGGUGGCUUCCACUUCCUCCUCGUGUAUGGUAGCAGCAGGAAGAGUGAAUGACGACUUCCUGUACAGGGCGGAGGACAACAUGGCCGCCUCCACCUACAGCCUCAACAAACUCCACCCAGACCGUGGCUCUGGCCCCGCCCGCUCAUCAGGCUCCACCCACUCCAUCCCUCUCUACCUCAUGCCCCGCCCUAAUUCAGUCGCUGCUACUAGUUCUGCCCACCUUGAAGAUCUAGCAUAUCUGGAUGAGCAGCAGAGACACACCCCUUCAAGGGCGUCCCUCAGAAUGCCCAGACAGAAUUCUGCGAGUCGUAGUCAACAGGACCACAGAGUUUGUUUCACUCCCACUAUCAACCUGAAGCCCCUCCCCUUUGAGGUUGCCGGCCUCGUGUCUGAUUGGCUGUUCAUCGGCAGGGAGUGGCUCUUCCAGGAAGUGGACGCUUGUCUUCGUAGUGCCGAUCCAACAACCAGUCAGGGUGUGGUAAUCAUUGGCAAUAUGGGCUUUGGUAAAACGGCCAUCAUCGCCCGCCUGGUGGCGCUCAGUUGUCAUGGAAACCGCAUGUGGCCAAGCACUGCCGACGACCAGUCCAUGCCUAAACAUGUAGAGGCUGUUUCAUUCUCCCAUGAUUCCUUGGGAAGAGGAGGAGGAGGAGGAGAUGAAGGAGGAGGAGGAAGCUGUCCAGGGACUCCAGAGAUGAGGAGGAGACAGGAGGAGGCGCUGAGGAGGCUUGCAGGACAAGUAGUCUCUUAUCAUUUCUGUCAAGCUGAUAACUGUCAGACCUGCCUGGUUCCGGAGUUUGUCCACAACAUGGCGGCGAUGCUAAGUGACGCCCCUCAGCUGUCGGCCUAUCGGGAGCUGCUGCACCGAUCGCCACAGCUACAGAGUACGCUUAGCCUGCGCUCCUGCAUACAGGAUCCAAGCACUGCCCUCCAGAGAGGAAUACUAGAACCACUGGACGCUCUCUACAGAGAGAGGAAGUUGCACGUUGAGGGGGCGGGGCUUAUUAUGCUGAUUGAUGGGCUGAAUGAGGCAGAGUUUCACCGGCCGGACUACGGUGACACACUGACUUCCUUCCUGUCCCGAAACAUCCAGAAAUUUCCUUCCUGGUUGAAGGUCAUUACCACUGUCAGGACCAGUCAGCAGGACAUCACUGGUUCUCUACCUUUUCACCGUAUCUCUCUGGACAGGAUGGAAGAGAACAGCGCCAUAGACCAGGACCUGCAGGGUUACCUGAUGCAGCGAAUCCACAGCAGUGCUGAGAUCCAGAGCAACGUGUCACUGAGCAAUGGUCGCCUUGACAACACGGCACUGGCCAAGCUGAUCGGCCACCUGAAGACCCUGAGCAAGGGCUCGUACCUCUACCUGAAACUGACCCUGGACCUGAUAGAGGGAGGAUACCUUGUCCUAAAGAGCUCCAGCUUCAAGGUGGUUCCUGUGAGUCUAGCAGAGGUCUACCUGCUGCAGCUCAACAUGCGGUUUCCCACCCAGUCGUCCUUUCAGAGAGUUCUGCCGCUGCUCAACGUUACUGUGGCAUCACUGCAACCACUGACUGACCAGCAGCUGUUUGAGGUGGUGAAUGCGGGCGCUCUGACUGGAGGAACACUGCACUGGGCGGAGUUUGCACACCGUCUAGAGCAGCUCUCCUCUUUCCUGCUGCGGCGAAGUGACGGCAGCAGGAUGCUAAACCACGCCUCCUUCAGGGAGUGGCUGAUGUGGAGAGAGGAGGGUCAGGACAACAGGUUCCUCUGCGACCCCAGGAGCGGUCACACUCUCCUGGCCUUCUGGCUCUGCAGACAGGAAGGAAAGUUGAACCGACAGCAGAUGCUGGAGCUGGGACAUCACAUCCUGAAGGCUCACAUCUACAAAGGUCUGAGUAAGAAGCUUGGGGUUUCCUCCUCAGUUCUGCAGGGGCUGUGGCUGUCCUACAGCACAGAGAGCCUGAGCCCUGCUCUGUCAUCACUGCGCAAUCUCUACACCCCCAACAUCAAGGUGAGCAGGUUGCUGAUUAUCGGUGGGGCUGAUGUGGAUUUCCGUAGUGAUGUCCUCAACAACGCCCCCCUGCUGUGUGUCCACGCUCACCUUGGCCACAGUGAUGCUGUGGCACUGUUGCUUGACCACGGAGCUCAGGUGGAUGCUCAGUCAAAUGAUGGUUUAACUGCACUGGGAUUCGCUGCUGCAGCUGGACAUCUGGACGUAGUCACUAUGUUGAGUCAGCACAGAGCUAAGGUGGGUCACGUGGACAGCUCAGGGCGGUGUGUUUUGGUGCACGCGGCUCAGCGGGGCCACCUGGAGGUGCUGCGCUUCCUGCUGAAGCAUGUGGACUGGAGCUGCACUUCCUGCUGCGGCCAGAGGGCGGCGAGCAGGUGCCAGGCGGUGCAGCAGGCUCUGGUUUCUGCGGCCAGCAUGGGCCACACAGAGAUAGUAUCAUACCUCCUGGAUCUUCCAGAGGAAGAUGAGGAAGAGGAGGAGAGACCUGAGAUCAACGCACCUGACAGUCUGUGGGGAGAGACAGCUCUGACCGCAGCAGCAGGAAGUGGCCGGCUGUCUGUUUGCAGGCUGUUGUUGGAUCAGGGUGCGGCUGUUGAGCAAGGCAACAGACGGGGCGUGGCUCCGCUCUUCAGUGCUGUGAGACGUGGCCACUGCCAGGUGGUGGAGUUGUUAUUGAAUCACGGGGUGGAGGUGAACAUGGUCGACCACCAGGGUCGAACAGCUCUGAUGACGGCAGCCUCAGAGGGACAUAUGACCACCGCCCAGCUGCUACUGGAUCAUGGAGCCUCUCUCGACCAGACCGACAAGGAAGGGUUAACGGCGCUGAGCUGGGCGUGUCUGAAAGGCAAGCUCCCAUUGGUCAGGGAGCUGGUGGAGAGAGGCGCAGCCACAUCUCAUGCUGACCGCAGUGGACGGACACCUUUGGAUCUGGCUGCCUUUUGCGGUGACCCAGAAGUGGUGCAGCACCUCGUGGAUCACGGUGCGUCGGUGGAGCAUGUGGAUUGCAGCGGGAUGCGUCCUCUGGACCGAGCGGUCGGCUGCAGAAACACCUCAGCUGUCAUCGCUCUGCUCAGAAAGGGAGCCAAAAUAGGACCAGCGACCUGGGCCAUGGCGACCUCUAAACCAGACAUCUUAAUGGUCCUGCUUAGUAAAUUGAUCCAAGAGGGAGACAGAUUGUACAAGCAAGGUAAAGUGAGGGAAGCUGCUCACUCCUAUCAGUCAGCUCUCCAGAAGUUUCCAGGGGAUGAGCUGAAGACGUUCAGACAGCUGAGAGUGUGUGUGCUGCUCAACCUGUCACGCUGCCGCCGCAAGAUGAACGAUUUCAGCCUCGCUGAGGAGUUUGCCACCAAGGCGCUAGAGCUCAAAGCUAAAUCCUACGAAGCCUUUUAUGCUCGAGCCCGUGCCAAGCGCAGCCGCAGACAGUUCCGUGCAGCCCUGGAGGACCUGAUUGAGGCCAGCCGCCUGUGCCCAUCCAACCGGGAGAUCCAGCGCCUGCUGUCCCGGGUCAAGGAAGAGUGCCGGCAGGCUGCGCAACAACAAGACUCUCCCCCUCCUUCAGCACAUCAUGUUUAUCAACCGAAUAUGCCCAUGUCCAUCAACGAGGCCAGGUGCAGAGAUUCAGGUUGUUUGCAGGUGCAGGACAGGGAGCGGCUUACCGAGGAAGAGGAGGAAGAGGAGGAAGAGGAGGAGGAAGAACAAGAGGGAAGCCAGAGGGAAGGAGAUGCUCCUCCUCACUCCUCUCACCACCCACCUGUAGGCCAAAGUCUUGACACCCACUGCCGCCCUGGAGUGCCAUCACCCUCCUCCCUCUCCCCCACUCACCUGUAUCAUCACCUCCCCAGCCCCACUCACGCCCCCUCUUCUUCUUCUUCCUGUCACCCUGCGCUUCCCCCCCCGUCCUCCUCCUAUCACCACUUCAGCCCUCCUCUCUCCCCAAUGCAGCAUCAGCAGCGUGCCAGCCCAAUGUCUGAAAGUAUGCCGGCAUUGUCAGGAAAUGGAGGUCUGCACCACCAUCCGCAGUCCAUCUCAGCCCUCCACUACUCAGACCAGAACCAGGGAGUGCAGCAGCAACACCACCUGUCCAAUCAGAGAUCCUUUCCUAAGCAGAACCCUGUUCAAGCCCAGUGGCUCCAACCAGCCAAAGUCCAGGUUGUGAGAUCCAGUCAGCCUAGUUCCUUGGCUCACACCAGCAUGGUUUCUGCCUACUCCCAGUUUGGCCAACUGCCACAAGAACUGGCCGAACUGGGGGAAGGCAUUUGCCCAGGCCCCCUAGAAAUCAGACCUAACCUGCCAGUUUCAUAUCCACUAGAUGAUGUGGAUGUCGACUUUGCUUGCCAGGCAAGAUCUGCAUCUGCCUAUGGGAGAGAAGGAGGAGGGGAUAGGGCGGGGCUAAAUCGGUUUGGGCAGGCCCGUCAGUUCAGCCGCAACCAAUCCAAAGCAGCCCACUACCCCAUGGAAGUUACUGAGGCAACAAUGGUGCCUCCUGAUAACCUUCCAUCAUCACACGAUUAUCAAUACCAUCACCAGGGGGGGCUACGACGGCCGCUCAGUGCCCACCCAACCUCUUCCCCCACUAAUCCUCCCAGGCCUCUUGUCCACUCCCAGGGUAUCAGUGUCCGUUUCUCCGCCAGCAGCUGCAGCCUCGCUGGUGGGCAGCCUGCUAACCAUGGCCCAGGCUUCAGGUCUUCAGCCUCCGCCCAGCACAUGGAUUUACCUUCAGAUGUGGGAGGGGUUACUGGUUACCAUGAUGACCUCUUUCUGAUCUCCUCUCCCCAGUCAGAAAUAUGCAUGGAAGGAGGCGGUACUUAUCCUGGAGAGGCGGGCCGAUCAUCAAGGAACACUCCUUUUAUGGGCGUUAGUGACCGGACCGCGAGAGUGCACCAGCAGUAUCAACAAGCUCCAUCCAGUUCAGCAUCCUGUCUCAGCCCCAGUCGCUCCUGGGCCGUGUCUUCAGUGGACACGGUCGUCACCUCACCUAGCAAAACCCCUGUCAAUCAAGGAGGCUUCAGUCAAGCCCAACCAUCCUCCAUCGCCUACCACAACCGCAGCAACAACAAUGCCCACAACGGUCACCUCCUCCAUGACAACCAGCUCGACUACUACGAGGUGCAGCCGGGCAGCGGUCCUCAGGGUGAAGGCUCGGUGCGGGUCGCCAGUCAGAAUCCCUCCUACCUGGAUGUGAAGCUAGCUCGAACACUGCCAGUGAUCCACAGCUACUCAGACAGACCAAGUGACAGAAAGACAGGCCCUACCUCUCCUGUCAAACCAAAAAGACCCUUUGUAGAGUCCAAUGUAUAGAGAAACAAUUAAAUCUUAAGUCAAGAGACAAGGGAGGAGGGUUAGUGAAGAAUGGUUCAAAAGAAGCACUCAGAGUGCACUCAUAUAUUCCAAGAUUCACUGGGACUAUGGAAUUAUUAAGGCCGGGCUAUGCUUGAAACAAACUAGUUUCCGCAAUAACUGUUCAAAUCGUGGCGUGACGUGGACAGGCUUGCUGAGUUGUUGGUUUGUGAAAAAUAAGUACUUCGUUUGAAGUAUACCAACUCCUUUAUUGUUCAGAAGAGAGAGAGGGAAAAGCAGCAGUUAAACAUAUAAGUUCAGUAUGGAACAAAUUGGCUGUUUCAGGUCAGGUCUGUCAAUUAACCAGCCAGAGACAAAGAAAAGAAGCCAGGACAAAGGGGAAGGGGCAAGGAUGAGAGUGCUGAAACAUGCGACAGCUCCUGCCAUUAAAAAGCACAAUGAGGAAGAGGAAGAUGUGGAUGAUUUCAGAAGCAAACACUCAUAAAAAUCCUGCUUUUGCCUCUUGUUCAUCCCUGGCUUACAGUACAUUUAAAACAGGUCUCUGAAUGCCCAUAAUGCAUUGCUCUAGAGUUACCAAGUUCACAUCCACAACUCUAGACAGUGACAUUCAGUCAGACAAAAAAAGACACAGAAGCACCACUAUCACCUUUGUCUGCUGCCGACGCCUUUAAAAAAGAUUUUCAAGCGCUUAAAUGAAAUUAUGUGAACGACUGGAAACCUGGAUACAGUCUCUGCAGGACCCAGGCUCUUAAACGAGUGCCAGUCAGAUGCCGGUCAGUGAACCAGCCCCAAGCCAUAGUUUGAGAAACUAGGACGACGCUGUCACUGAAUGAGCACUGACUUGCUGUAUAUAAAACAAAUGAGUGAUAUUUAUCUUUUUUAAGUUAUAUCCGUAUUAAACUGGACAAAUAUUGUCUGUCUUAAAAAUGUAUAUUGCUUUUUAUUUGGAUUUGCCUUUAUAUGUUUGUUUUGACUGAAAUGUAAACCUUUUCAAAGAGACUAAGUAAAGUUGAAGUCCUGCUUCGCUCAGUUAUGGGUCCACAACAUCCCUUCCUGAUCUGCAAUGAUCAUCCUGUAAAAAUGCCUUUUUAAGGUUUUUGAUUUUUUAUUUUUUUUGCUUCAGGUAGAGCUGUUUUUGUUGAAGGUCUUUUGUAUUCUGUAGUCCUAAAGGCCCUGAUUCAUGUAAACCACAAGAAUCCCAACUGAUACGCUAGGGCCCUUUACACCUGUUGCCAUGGAAACAUAGUGCUUACAUUAUAAUUCAAGAAAAGCCAACUAUGCGUUCGCUGAACCCUCCCCCUAACACUGUGACUGUUCAAUCAUAGCUUAGCAACGGUAACUAGGCAUGGCCUGUCAAGCUCUGUAUUUCUCUGUCACAUUGAAGCGGUGUGCACCUAUACGUGACAUAAAGAGGGUGGCAUAUCUUUUUCCCCCUAGCUUUUCCAAAACCAAAAACACAAGAGCAAGUGUAAGGAAUGCAUUUCAGCUGCGAUCAUUAGCGUGCCUGGCUAACUAGCCAUAGUAUUAUAGUAUUAAUUGAGCGUUACUGCCUAUGCCAAUACUAAAUUACUUUGGUUGCAGGUUACGCAUCACAAUUAAUAGCAUAGCAUAUCUAUGUAGUAUGUAUAUAUGUAGUUCUGCUCUGCUCCUGUAUUUCAUGCAGUUUAUGCUCCAGCAACCCCAGCCAAAUUAAUUAAUUUGCUGCUUUUCAACCAACUCACGGAGCUAACGUUAGCUUGUGUAACCCUUCCACCAUCGGCUCCUGAAAUGAACUCCAUAAAGAAUCAAACCCCUUUAAACUCUUUAUACUUUAAACGCUGUAAAAUUGUGAAAGAGACAUCUCAUUGUACAAUAAACCUGUCUAGAGACGCAAUGAUUCUGACUCUCUCCAAUGACCAAUGAGAGGCUAAAUAAAUAAUCUUGGUUUCAGUAACACAAUAGAUACAGUACUGUGUGAAUUAACACACACAAGUGUGGAAAUGGAAAUAAAAUAAAGGUGACAAACAAAACAAUUAAUUUAGUCUUUAGUCUGUGUUAACCUGAGUGCGCUUUUGUUUGUCGGCGCACUCAAUGUUGUAACUCAUUAAGAACAGAACAGCAGUAACGCCAUGUUUAGAGUAAAAACAGCUGCUACAACAUAUGUAGAAAUCACUUUUGCCAGACCUGUCUCAGUCUGCAGCAGCACAGGACUCAUAAGCAGACGAAAGCAAACCCUCAGCGAUAGCAGACACAGCGCCAGGCAAAAGACUUGAGACGAGCGCUGAAACUCCUCUGGACCGCAGGCGACGAAACAGCCCACUUUUCUUCAACGACGGCAGCAGUGGAGCUACCCUUGCUGGCUCGCUUCACAGUCCAAAAACACUUUAUCAGUCGACCGUCCCAAAGCUCUACAUUCAGUGUUCAACACAAAAACAAAAUAAUGUAAUAAUUAUUUGAAUUGAGCUCUUCUGACUCUUUAGUUCUUCUGGUCUAUGCAUCGAACACAGGACUUGCUGGACUGCUCGACAUCUGACUUCAUCCAUGACCAGUAGAAUCGAUCUUUUAAUUAGGCCCUAUGUUUUGUCAAGGCCUAAAUGACCCGAGUCAUCACGCAGUGUUUCCAUUAUUAUCUUCCAGUACUUUUCUGGCAAGACCCGCUGAGAGCAGUGGGGUUUGCCAUGCGGACUUGUGAAGCGACACAUGACUCCUUGUUGUAUCAUUAACCGACCCCACUCUCUCAGCAACAGAGGGCAGGUUCGAUGCUCUGUCUUGUCAGCUUGUGUUAAAUCCCCGGUUGAGAGCUGACCAUACCUCGGCAAUGCUAGGAUCGCCUGCUGCGGAUAAUAUAUCUUUCCAUUCCUGUUCUUGAGUCAGUGUAGGGUGUGUGGGCGACAUCAUGCAGUAUAUCCACUACCACCCACUUCAAAGCCAAGAGUUCUAAUUUAUGGGCAGGGUAAUGUCGUUCUGACGGACAUUAUUCAGAGGUACUUGAUAAUAUCCACUUCGGAGGUCUACCACACUAAACCAAUUGCCACUGUUGAGAGAGACCAAUGCAUCUUCAAUUCUUGGCACUGUGUUUUGGUCAGGAACAAUGCGUCUGUUUAGUGUCCUGAAGUCACACGUGCUUCUCUUGUCGUUUGUCACCACGAUAGGCGCAAGGACAUGCUGUCUGAUGUCCGGCAGUUGCUCAUCGGCCCAGCAGCUCCAGACUGCUGUGUUCACAUUAGACGACUGGGGGUUUAUUCUGUAAGGUAGCAGGGGCCGUCUAGAGGUACAGGAGCCCAGGGACAAGCACGUUCUUCAGUCUCUGGUUCUCCUCUGACAUCUCCACGUUCUCCCUCUCCAGCUCUUGAACCCGUGAAUGCAGGAAGUGAAGCUCAGUGGUCAGUGACGGGGUCAGGACCGACACACCUGACUCCACCCGCUGCCACUGCUGUGUGUUCGCUGUCCGGACUCUCCGUCAUCUGGAGACACAAAGACACUAACUGAACUUCAGUGUCGGAGAGAACCAGAAAAUGAUAAUGUUCCAGUACUUUGACCGCCAGCUGCCGUGAACAACUUGAGAGUACAUCUAUUAAUCGCAAAAACAUUAAACAGAGCAACAAAUAAAUAAUGAAGUGGCAAAUCUUAUUAUAGAUGCACAAAACACUUCUAAGGUACAUUAACACCGACUGAAUAGAAGUUAUGCAUCUUAACAAUAAAUGAGCUAAGAAAAUUUACAAAUAACCAAUAUAAAUCAGCUGAUUACUCUUGUUUAGCUAGCUAGCUACAGCUGAUAAAGUGUGACAGAGAAAGUUCUCAUUUCAGAUGGCAAAAGCAACGGUUGACAUAUAGAAAUAAGAAAACUGCUUUGGCUUACCUCGGUCUAAAAUGAAUGAUUGUUCCAAAAAGGACUAAAAAGCUUGUGGUAAAUCUGAUCCUCAUGAUUGUAAACAGAAUAUUUGCUGUCUGAGAAUGGAAAGCUUGACAGGCGUAGCGACAGUAACAAGGGGAGGGGGCUAGUUGUCCAGAGAGGGUGUGUCUAACAGACAAUAUUCAAUAAGUUGGACUAAGCGUUAAUUUUUAAAAAUGGGUUUUAUUCACACGAAUGCCUGUUCUUUUGUAAAUUUCUUUAUAUGUUUCUAUUGAAUCAGCAGCUUGGUUUCAGAGUUGCUGACGCUGAUUGAACCUCUGACCUCUCUGGCGCGGUACAGUCUCUGUGACCACUGCCCUUAUUUCUUACUGCUCAGGAGUCUCCAGCCGUGAGAAGAUGCGGUAACUUAAAUCACUCUGGUUCACAAGCCGUUUUCACCUGUCACUGCCGGUCAUGGUAUGUAAUUCUGGCCAGUUAGAAUGAUGAACUACAUUAUUAGCAAGUUGAUUGGAUGUUCAAGACUAGUUUAAAGAGAAAAGGCGUAGCCAGAUGACAAAAUUGUCCGUCAAUAAAAUAAUAUGCUGUGCUGUACAUGUAUAAUGUAGCCUCCAACCUGCAUAGGGGUCUCGACCCCGAGUUUGAAACACCACAGGUAAUCAAGCUUAAUCCCUGCCUAUUCCCACUUGGUGUGAAAUCUGUUAGUGGGUUUACUGUGGGCUUUUUGACUGUGUAAGAUAAGUGAAUUUAAAACCCAGGAUGGUUACCAUAAGAACAUUAAUUGAGCAUUUAAAACAACAUGAAUGUGUUUUUUUUUUAUCAGCUCUUGAAAUUACUGACUGCUGAAUUAACAUUACAGAGAGGAAUAAAGCUGAAUGAAAGACA